GUCAUGACGACCAAAAAUACGCCUGUCACGAUGAACAAAUUACGCCAUCGAAGAACACCGUCCAAAUCAUUGUGCACUCCGAAAUCCUGUUCUUAUCUCCAUCCGUAUCGGUUUAAAGAUCGCUACAUUCUUCUAGCUAAAGCCCUGUGUGUAGAAAACGUGUGAAGCACAAUGAGUGGACCGAUAUUUGGCAGUAAUAAUGCUCUCGGCAGCAGCUCGGCAGGAAAUCGGCAUCUCGUGGAAUUCCGGGCCGGAAGGAUGAAUAUGGUCAACAAGAUGGUACAUCCGGAUAAUCGAAAAGGGCUGGUCUACGUCUAUCAAGCAGAGGACGGUUUGAUACAUUUCUGUUGGAAAGACCGUACAACGGGAAACGUGGAAGACGACCUGAUCUUGUUUCCAGAUGAUUGCGAAUUCAAAAAACUCGAAUACGUUAAGAACGGUCGCGUUUUUGUUCUCAAGUUUAAAUCCUCCAGCCGGAAGUUAUUCUUCUGGAUGCAAGAACCGAAAGCAGAUCGCGAUGAAGAAUGGUGUCGGCGAAUUAAUGAGGCAAUUAACAAUCCGCCAUCGGGAAAUAACGUUGGAACGGGCGGAAGAAAUGGAGCCAGUGAGAGCGGCGAUCUGCAGUACAUGUUAAAUAACAUGUCUCAGCAACAGCUAAUGCAACUGUUCGGAGGGGUCGGCCAGAUGGGUGGAUUGAGCAGCCUGUUGGGGUCUAUGACGCGGUCGUCUUCGAAUACUUCAAGUAGCCGCACAAAUGCCGUAACGCCGUCGAAUCGCAACACUUCGAACGCAUCUGGAAGUAAUGCUGACAGUGCGGGUACUACCACUACCCCCACCAAUGCUUCCAACGCAUCGUUAGUGCCACGUGCCCCGAAAAAGAACGUAGGUUCCACGAAAUCCUCCGCCCAGGGAACCUCCAGCAGCGCCUCCUCGGGACUGGCCCACAAUCGAACCGAUACGGCAGCGGACGGUGGUUCGAGAAUAUUGCUGUCAGAUCUACAGAACUAUCUUUCCGGAAUGAAUGCAGCUGGUUUAGAAGGCAGCGGUCAACGGCACAAUGUUGAUCUAGCCACCGCUGUCAACUCAGAAACACUCGCCACGAUCUUGGCAGACCAGGAGAAAGUGGACGCUCUAGUGCAACAUCUUCCACAACUCGAAGGUGAUGAAAAUAAGAAGGAACAACUCAAAGAAACGAUUUCUUCGCCGCAAUUUCAGCAGGCCCUAUCAAUGUUUUCCAACGCGAUGCAGUCCGGACAAUUGGGACCAGUGGUCUCCCAGUUCCAACUCAACUCCGAGGCCGUUGCAGCAGCAAACGCUGGGGAUCUGGAACAAUUUGUCAAAGCGCUAGAAAACAGCAACAGGGACUUCGAGAUACCGGAGGACGCUAUCGGUGCCACUGGCAAGCAACCAACUGCCCUCGCUGACACUACCGUCGAUGAACCGCAGAAAUCAUCUGAAGUACCGAAGAAAGAGAAUGGUCAUAAAAACAAGGGAGAUAAGAAGGAUCAAGAUGACGAGAUGGCUGGGUAGA